AUGUUAACUACUAUAAAGUCCCACAUAAAACAGAGAUUUCAUUCUGGCUCUUUAAGAAGCAGUGCAGCUCCUGCCUGGGCAGCAGUGAUGCACUGUAGGGGCCAUCAGAGAGCUGGAUCUCCUGUGAGCCAAGAAAUAGCAAAGCUGAUCAAAUUGCGAAACAGGAGCUCAAUUGCAAGGAGCCGAACAAGUCAUGGCUCUAGUGAUUGCCCCCCUGAACUCUCUAGCCUUUCCCAGUAUUCCCCACAGGAAGAAGAAAAUGCCGAGAAAUGGGACUAUGAGGAAAAAAAAAGCACCGGCCGGCAUGGAAAGGAAGAAAAAGUUCUAACCCUUGAGGCCCAACAAUGGAAGUUCAUGAAGAGCUUACUGAUGCCGCCUGCUAUGGGAGGGAUGCAAUAUGGGCAGAAGGCUUUUGCAGGAAGGCGGUCAAGAGAACAGUAA